AGCCCGCCAUCAACCCCGCUAUUUACAAGCUAAAGCUUUAACCUUAGCAGCUAAGUCCUACAAGGUAUGUACAAGUAGAGAACUUGGAAUUGCACAAUUCACAGACGUCAUAAAAGCCUCGCCACCGGUUAGAAGAUGUCGAAACACGAGGUCGAUUAUACGUUAUACUUAGUGACAGACUCGUCGCCUAGGUAUCUUCGAGGCAGAGACUUAUGCCAGGUCGUCGAAGAGGCUUUAAAAGGAGACGCCACUAUCGUGCAAUACCGGGAUAAGACAAGUGAUACGAGUGUGCUCGUGUCGACGGCCCGGAAGCUACACGAGAUCACCCAGAGAUACAAAGUCCCGCUCCUCAUCAACGACCGCGUGGAUGUUGCACUCGCGGUUGGAUGCGAGGGUGUGCAUAUCGGACAAGAUGAUUUAGACCUACCUGCCGCUAGAAAGAUCCUCGGAGAAGACGCUAUUAUCGGCGUUACUGUGAGUAAUGUGGCCGAAGUAGAGGCUGCGGUAAAAGGAGGUGCUGAUUAUCUGGGGAUUGGAACUGUAUUCGCGACACCUACAAAGGAGAAUACGAAGAGUAUUAUAGGGGUGGAAGGUCUUCAAGAAAUUCUACUCAAAAUCGAAACCGAGAAGUGGCCGGUGAAAACGGUAUGUAUCGGCGGCAUCAACGAAUCUAACGUGGCGCGCGUGGUAUGGCAGAGCACAGCAAACGGAAAGUCACUGGAUGGCGUGGCAAUCGUAAGCGCCAUCAUGGCUGCAGAGACUCCGGAAUGGGCUGCGAGACGACUCUCCAAUCUAGUAAAAACGAGGAAAGUACCGUUUGCCAACGCGCUCGCGACGCCCAGGCAGCAGAAGAGGUCGCCUCAGGAGAUACUAGCCCUAGUACCAGACAUCAUCAAGGCGGUCCAUGCCAAAAAGCCGCUUUCGCACAAUAUGACAAAUCUUGUUGUACAGAAUUUCGCCGCGAAUGUCGCGCUGGGUGUUGGUGCAAGCCCUAUCAUGGCGAAUUACGGCGAGGAAGCCCCGGACUUAGCAAAGCUGGGCGGUGCACUGGUCAUUAACAUGGGUACGGUUACACCGGACGGGCUAGAGAACUAUCUGAAGGCGCUGAAGGCGUAUAAUGAUGUCGGACUUCCUGUGGUAUUUGAUCCCGUUGGUGCCGGCGCAACUGUAGUUAGGAGAUCAGCAGUCAAGACAAUAUUUGGCGGAGGCUAUGUCGACGUGCUCAAGGGCAAUCAGUCGGAGAUCCUAUCCUGCGUUCCCGGAGGAUCGAGUAUCCAGCAAAGAGGCGUCGACAGCGGGUCCGACGGCCAGGAUCUACAAAAGCUAGGGUCCGCAAUUAAGGAGCUGGCUAAGCUGCGCAAGCACAUCGUCGUGAUGACAGGUAAGAUAGACCUAGUCUCGGCCGGGGAAACAGUGUUCGCGAUUGAGAAUGGCCACGAGUACCUAGGCAUGGUGACAGGCACGGGCUGCUGCCUCGGCACGACGAUAUCUGCUAUGGUCGCCGCGCAUCCGAAUGAUAAGCUCAGUGCUGUGAUAGCUGGGAUAGCGUACUACAACAUUGCGGCGGAGCUUGCGGCGGAGAGGCAGGAUGUUAAGGGUCCGGGAACCUUCGUCCCAGCGUUUAUUGAUGAGUUGCAUAACGUGAGGAAAGCUACGGUUAGAGGGGAUAUCGCUUGGUUAAAGAGGGCUAAGGUGUCGGUGAUAGCAUAAUAUCUUGAAUGUUGGAAUUUGGAUAUACAUGGAAAUACAGCAGCUAGAAGUGUGAUAGACUGAGACGGU